AUGUGGGAAACACUUCAAAAUCUUUGUACUCACAUUCUCGAUCGGCAACUUAUUAUUAAAGAAUUUCAUGUUGAUUUUGAAAAAUCAGCUCAUAGCUCAAUUUUAAAUGUCUUUCCACAGUGUAAAAUUGUAUGCUGCACAUUUCAUUUAGUUCAAUCUUGGUUUCGUCGAAUCCAAAAAAGUAGUAAAUUAUUACAGGAAUAUAAAAAUAAUAAUUCAGAGGUAGGUAAAUGGCUUAAAUAUUUUUUUGGUUUGCCGUACUUGCCAUCUGAUGAAAUAGAAAUAGCAUUUUCAAAUUUAAUAGCUAUAGCUCCACCUGAUGGAUUCUACUUCUCCGAUUAUGUUUUUUCAUCAUAUAUAUUACCUAAUUCAAAUUUCAAUCCAUCCCUGUGGGCAGGCAAACCAGAUGAUUUACCCAGAACAACGAACGGAGCUGAAGCAUUUCAUAGGCAUUUUAAUAAUCAAUUCUAUAACCCUCAUCCACACGUAUACCAAGUAAUAGAUGUUAUUUUAAACAUUCAAUCAGAAACUGAUCUUAAACUGAAUUCAAUAAAAAUGAAUAUUAAUAACUAUCGUCGGAAAGAAAUGUUACAAACAAUUGAGUACAUGAAAAAUUUGUGGACAAAGUAUACAAAUAACGAAAUUGAUCAAUUAAAUUACUUGGAACAAAUGGGCAACCACUUCCAAGGUAAACCUUUGAAAUAA